AACGACAACGAUGCAAAAUAUCUUCUUGCUGAAGGAAUAAUUUUUGCGAAACGGGAAUUAGAUAAUGGACGUUGGGAAACCGAAAUCGGUGCACCUAUCCUUCGUAGUUUAAUAAUUUCAACCAUAGUUCUGCUUGAUCUAUCCAUACCUAAUGACCCGCCGGAUACAACAAUGCUUGAUCCUCGAUGGUUCUUAGCACAAUUUAUGUGUUCGGAACCUCUACUCUGGACCGACCCUGAAUGCAAAUGCACAACCAUCUGA